AAUAAGGAGGUUGCUGUAGCAUUCUAUAGAUGAUCGUGUUCAUACGAAAUUGGAAUUGUCUUCAUUAGUGUGUAGUAUUUUCUCUAAGAGUCCUUACUACUUUUAAUUUGAAGGAUUUGCUUCCGGUUUUCUCCUGCCAAAUGUCGCUGAGUUUGAAAUGAAAACAGAAGUGAAAAUGCAAUGUUGAUACACAUAGCUAGCAUGAUUUACUGAAGAUAAAGGACAUGCUGACUUUUUUGUCCUUGGCUAAAACAGUUUAUUCAUACGAUGUGUGCAUUGCAUUUGUCUGAUAUACUGAAAUGUUGCACCAUAUAGCUCAUUAUGCUAGCACGCCAGCCAGGUAGCUACCCCAGCAUGCAUCUCGUUACUUCUUUGGUCGGUCGACAGAUGAAAACAUGGCGGCGAUCAGUAAAUACUUUACAGCUAAGAACUGCACUGUAGCAGGCGCCACAAUCGUUGCCUUGUAUCUUCUCAAGAGGAAAAGACAUGCUGACAAGAUAAAUGGGGUGAAAAGAUCAUCAGAACUACAGUUGAGCAAAGAUGAGGCCAAGAAGGAAAGGACGGUGGUGGACAAGGUGUUCUUUGCACGUAUCCUGAAGAUAGUGAAGAUCAUGGUUCCUGGAGUGUUCUGCAAAGAGUCAGGAUACUGUCUCCUCAUCGCUGCCAUGCUGGUGGCCAGAACCUACUGUGAUGUGUGGAUGAUCCAGAAUGGCACCAUGAUCGAGAGUGCAAUUAUUGGUCGUUCAACAAAAGAUUUCAAGAGACUCUUGUUCAACUUUAUAAAAGUCAUGCCAUUUAUCUCGCUGGUUAACAACUUCCUCAAGCUGGGUUUGAAUGAACUGAAGCUCUGUUGCCGGGUUCGACUCACCAAGCACCUCUAUGAUGAGUACCUACAAGGUUACACGUACUAUAAGAUUGGUAACCUGGACAACCGCAUCGGUAACCCCGACCAGCUGUUGACCCAGGACGUUGAGAGGUUCUGUAACAGUGUAGUGGACCUCUACUCCAACAUCAGCAAGCCUCUAUUGGACAUUGGUCUGUACAUCUUCAAGUUGACCUCGGCCAUCGGGCCACAGGGUCCUGCCUGUAUGAUAGGCUACCUGGUGUUCUCUGGGCUCAUCCUGACACGUCUGCGGCGGCCCAUCGGCAAGAUGACGGUGAUGGAGCAGAGAUAUGAGGGAGAGUACCGAUUCGUCAACUCACGCCUAAUCACCAACAGUGAAGAAAUUGCCUUCUACAAUGGAAACCUGAGGGAGAAACAGACCAUUCACUCUACCUUCCAGAAACUGGUGGAUCAUUUGCACAAUUUCAUUGUCUUCCGCUUUUCAACUGGUUUCGUGGACAGCAUCAUUGCAAAGUAUAUUGCCACUGUUGUGGGGUACCUGGUGGUGAGCAGGCCGUUCCUGAACCACACCCACCCACGCCACCUACGCAGUACCCACGCUGAGCUGCUAGAGGUGAGGAGAGACAGAGUGUGUGUGUCUGUGUUUUGUAUGGUUGAGAUCCUAACUUCCCUGUGUCUCCUCUCCCUCGUUCUCAUUCAGGACUAUUACCAGAGUGGGCGUAUGUUGCUGAGCAUGUCUCAGGCCCUGGGCAGAAUCGUCCUGGCUGGCAGAGAGAUGAGCAGGCUCUCUGGGUUCACAGCUCGCAUCACCGAGAUCAUGAAAGUCCUGAAAGAGCUGAACUCUGGGAAAUACGAGAGGACCAUGGUCUCUCAACAGGGAGGAAGAGAUGGUGAAUUACAAGAUAGAAUCACCUUGGUCCCAGGAAGUGGUGAAAUCAUCCACAAAGACAAGAUUAUUAAGUUUGAGCAUACACCCCUUGCAACGCCCAAUGGGGACAUUCUUAUCAAAGACCUCAGCUUUGAGGUGACGUCAGGGACAAACGUCUUGGUGUGUGGCCCCAACGGCUGUGGGAAGAGCUCACUCUUCAGAGUCCUGGGAGAGCUCUGGCCUCUGUUUGGUGGCCGUCUCACCAAACCUGAGCGAGGGAAACUCUUCUAUGUUCCCCAGAGGCCAUACAUGACCCUGGGCUCUCUGAGGGAUCAGGUGAUCUACCCAGAUACAGUGGAGGACCAGAGGAGGAAGGGGACCUUUGAUAAGGUGCUGAAGGAGUACCUGGACCAUGUCCAGCUUGGUCACAUCCUGGAGCGGGAGGGCAGCUGGGACACGGUCCAGGACUGGAUGGACGUCCUCAGUGGAGGAGAGAAACAGAGGAUGGCUAUGGCCCGUCUGUUCUACCACAAGCCCCAGUUUGCCAUUCUGGAUGAGUGCACCAGUGCUGUGAGUGUAGAUGUGGAGGACUUCAUCUACAGCCACUGUAGGACGGUGGGCAUCACGUUGUUCACAGUUUCUCACAGGAAGUCUUUGUGGAAGCACCAUGAGUACUACCUGCACAUGGACGGAAGGGGAAACUAUGAGUUCAAAGCCAUCACCCAGGAAACAAUUGCGUUUGGAUCAUAAUGACCUCACCACAGCUAAUUAUUGCUCACAUAGAAGGUCCUAAGUAAUUCUGCACUACAUGAAGCAUAGGGAACAGAGAAGUCAAGUCCUAACAUAUUAAAAUGUUAUGCAACGGUAUGAAGACUGGGAGCUCAAUGUCAAGAGAGAAAUAGCUAAACCUAUAUUAGAUUAAAGGUAGAGUCCACAAUAUGACAUCAUACAGAGCAGGGUACACUUCCUGCUUGCAGAAAUAAACAAAACAAUUGAAUUCUGCCAAGACUGACCGUAUUGGCUCUUCCUGAGGGCAGAUUGAAUUCUGCCAAGACUGACCGUAUUGGCUCUUCCUGAGGGCAGAUUGAAUUCUGCCAAGACUGACCGUAUUGGCUCUUCCUGAGGGCAGAUUGAAUUCUGCCAAGACUGACCGUAUUGGCUCUUCCUGAGGGCAGAUUGAAUUCUGCCAAGACUGACCGUAUUGGCUCUUCCUGAGGGCAGAUUGAAUUCUGUUUAGAACUGGAAGCCGCCCCGCUGUGUAUGAUGAUGUCAUAUUGCAGAGUCUACCUUUAAGGACGUGCGUGUAGUUAGUUUUAAUUGUAUAUGACGCAAAUAAUGUACUAAGAAAAUUAGCCUUACCGAUUGUAUGUUUAAAUUUUAUUUCUGUUAAUAUUGCAUUGUUUUUCAUUAUUUAAAAUGGUCAGUUUUAAUGUCAAGUUUUGAAUUAAAUGUUUGUUUAGUGCUG